AUAAUACAGUAUAACAAUAAUAUCGAACGUAAGGCAGGAAUUUAAGGUCUAUUAGAAUAAAUGCAGGCUUUUAAAAUACCGUUUUUUUACCGAGACUAGACAGUAGUUUUAACCGUGCCAAAUACUUGAUAGUUUAACUUGACUGAUGGUUUAUAUGCAUACAUGAUAUACGUGCGUGUAUUCAUUGCGUGCUAAAGCAAGUCAUAAACAAAAGUUGGUGUUAAUAGUCAAGGACUGUGUUAAAGUUAUGGUAUAGGGGAAAUUAGAUUUUGUUUACAGUUUAGCUUAUUAGUGAUAUUUCCAAGGAAUUUUUUGCUUUCCCCUCUAUAAGACAAUAUACGACACAACAAAAUACGUAGCUGGAUUUUAAGUGGGUAAAACGAGCAAUAUUAGGCAAAGGUUAAUACUGAUUAGUCACAGAAAUAUCAGUAAAAAACGUCAUUACUAUGCUUCAAUCUACGCAACAAUAGCAUUUUAUCCCAUGACCAAAAAUGUCAUAUGCUAUAUUUUACCGUAUGAUAUAUAGCUUUUUAUUAACUUAUUUGCAAACAUAAGUAACCUGUGAAUAACUUCAGUCGCUUAUGCUGUUCUAAGUAAUUAUAGAUAAGUUCCGACGGACGCUUGAGUCUAAAAUGACGACUGAAAGUAUGUUUGUUGAAUCUGGAGACGGACACCCUACUCUAAUCACUGAAAACCCGACUACUGCUAAAAGCGCGGGAAAUUCAAAAACUACGAUUAUUACGUCACAAAGUAAUUAUGAAACAACUGCAGAUAUAUUUGAAUCGUCUGGUGAAAGUUACACAACCAGUACAACUUAUACUGAACAUACCACAAGUGACACUUUGAAUACAACUGGUAUAAUAGACCUUACUACAUACGGAAACUUAACUGAAAGUAAAGAUUAUACCACAAGUGCUCCUUUGAAUACAACCGAUAUAAUAGACGUUACUACAUACGGAAAUUUAACCCAAACGGAAGAUUACACUGAGCCCAAUGCCCCUACAGCAGAAAGCACAAGUAUUUGGACCCAAAAUACGACAGGAUUUCAAGACAUAACGUCAACCGCGACGUAUAGAAAUGUAACUGCUUCCACUGAAACGAAUUCAACGGGUUUAUUGGAAAUGUUUACAAUCGGUGAUGUAACUAAAACGCAUUCAGUUCAAAACACGACGUCACCCCCUGAUCCUACGACAUUCGGAAAUGUUGAAGACACUACAGUAAAUGAUGACGUCACUACAGCAACAUUUAGUGACGUCAAGUCUUCAUCGGCUCAAAAUACAACGUCGCCUCCAGAUCUCACGACUUUCGGGAAUAUUGAUGACGUCACUACAGUAACUGAUGAUGUCACUACAGUCAAUGCAACUUCUAAUGACGUCACUAUAGUAGAUGCAACGUUUAGUGACGCCACUUAUGUACAAUCGACACAAAAUAACACGUCACUCUCAGAUCUUACGACAUUUAGCAACUUGGAUGACGUCACUACAGUCAAUGCAACUUAUAAUGACGUCACAACAGAAAUAUUUAGUGACGUCACGUCUUCACCGACACCAUAUACAACGUCAUUUCCAGAUCUUACGACUUUUAGAAAUAUAGAUGACGUCACUACAGAUAAUAUAACUUUUAAUGACGUCACUACAGCAGCAUUCAGUGACGUCACGUCUUCACAAUCGACACAAAAUACAACGUCACCACCAGAUCUUACGACGUUUGGCAACCUAGAUGACGUCAGCACCGUUCAAACGACAUUUAGUGGCGCCAGUAAAGCAGUUUCGACAGCCAUAAACGAUUUAACGAAGAUCAAUGACGUCACGACACCACAUACGUCACUUCUACCUACAAUAUCCACAACAAGAGACGUCACGACAGCUCGUUUAACUUUUUUACCAAAAACUGCGUCGAGUAGAAAUCUCAUGACGCUCACGCCCACGAAAAGCACAGAUAAAACUCCCGCACAAACAAUGGUACUCAGGAACACAACGACUGCAUUCUCAGGAAACUCAAGCAACGCCACAAUCAGUACAUUCGUUACAACGCCAAGUAGUGGAUCUAUCGACCCAACAGUACUCGCCCUCUUUAUUUCAAUAUCAAGCAUAGUUUUGUUCUUCAUUUUCAUUACGUGCAUGUUAUCUCUUUCAAGAAAAAAGAAAAAUAAGUUCACACCAGGAAAUAAUCUUGAAGAACACCAAGCACCACCUCAUCCUUAUCCACAGUACAAUUACGAAGGGAAUGCGGCAGAGUUGGUGGUAGUCAAAGAACAUCAAAGUAGUAUAAUAAUAGGCAACAAAAUACGAACCAGACAUGAAGAAACAACAUUUAACAGUAACAGAAUACAACAACAAUCACAUUCGUUGACUUACAAAGUAUAAAAAUCUAUUGAAGUUGUUUUGUAUUAAUUAACCCUGGAAUGCAGAUGAUACUGGAAUUGCGAAAAAAACGAUUAAUAAACUAAACAAGUUUUUUUGGUGUGAACAAAACCUGUUUACAGCUUUAUU